GUUUUUAUUUUGUUUCUGCUCAAAAAUUAAAGAAAUUUAGUUAAAAGUAUGGGUCGCAAGGCUGAGUUCGAUGACAAACCGAAGAAGGGACCUGGCCGCAAGGCGCGCAAACAGGGCGCACCCGUAUUUCGCAAGCAGUCUUUUGCUCCCCAGGAAGAGGAGGAUAAGAAGCUGUCUCACCGCCAGAAGCAGCGUGUCGUCAAGCGUGAGCAGAAGAAGGUUGUGCAAAAGGCUAAGAUACAGGAGAAGCGUGCAAAGGGGCAGCAAAAGCAGCUGGCUCAACGACAAAAGAAAUACAAUAGCGACAGCGAGCCCGAGGAUGAGGUGGAGCCUCAAGAGGCAUCCUCAGACGAGGAGGUUCCACAGCUUGUACCAGCCGGCAAACUACAAAAGGCUUCUGCUACCAAGGGCUUCACAGAUGAAAAUGACGAUUGGCUAAAGCCGAAGAAGCAGCAGAAAUUGAAAAAGCUCCCACAGCCGGAGCCAGAUUCGGAGGAGGAGUUGGAGGAGGACUCUGACGCUGAUUUGGAGGCGGAAAGUGGUCAGGAAGAUGACUCAGACGCGGAAUCGGCUGAAGACGUAGAUGACGACGAGCAGGAGAUUGAAGAAGAUUCCGAUGAAGAUGAUGCUAAAGUUGGCAAGUUGGCAGAUCUGUCCGACGAUGAUGAUGAGGCCAACUCUGAUGACGACUUUGAUAUAUCCGGUGAUGAAGGUGCCCAAGAAGGUAGUGGUAGCGAUGAUGAUGAGGACGACGACGAGGAUGAUGAUGACGAUGACAAGCUUCCCAUUGAACGCGCCAAUAAGAAGCUGAAGAAACGCGAGGCCAAAGAAGCCCAGGAGGCAGAAGAGGAAAUGCAAAUGACAGUGGAUCAUCAGGAUGUGUUUCAGCUGCCGACCGAAGAGGAGGAGGCCGAGAAAGAAAUCACCUUACAGGACGUGCAGCAGCGCAUCAAGGACGUCACCCUGGUCCUGUCCGACUUUAAGAAAUAUCGUCAGGCUGAUCGCUCCCGCAGCGAGUACAUCGAUCGGCUGCGCCAGGAUCUUUGUCUGUACUAUAGCUACAAUGAUUUCCUUAUGGAAAAGCUUAUGGAUAUGUUCCCUCUGAGCGAGCUCAUGGAAUACCUAGAAUCAUCAGAGGUGGCCCGUCCGCUAACAAUCCGUACGAACACGCUGAAAAUACGCCGCCGGCAGCUGGCCGGCGCCCUGAUCAAUCGUGGCGUAAAUCUGGAUCCCCUGGGCAAGUGGACCAAAGAGGGCUUGGUAAUCUUCAACUCUCAGGUGCCGCUGGGUGCCACUCCGGAGUAUCUGGGCGGUUAUUAUAUGAUCCAGGGCGCCUCCUCGAUGCUGCCAGUGAUGGCGCUGGCCCCGCAGGAGAACGAACGCAUUCUGGACAUGUGCUCUGCUCCGGGCGGGAAGGGCUCCCACAUUGCGGCCGCCAUGAAGAACUCUGGCGUGCUUUUUGCCAACGACUCCAACAGGGAUCGCAUCAAGGCCGUUGUGGCCAAUUUCCAUCGGCUGGGAGUUGUAAAUUCUGUCGUGAGCUGCGAGGACGGCACCAAGUUCCGUAAAAUAAUGACCGGCUUCGAUCGUAUCCUGCUGGAUGCCCCCUGCACUGGAACUGGUGUCGUGUCCAAGGAUCCUAGUGUGAAGACGACGAAAUCGGAUGUGGACGUGCAACGCUGCUACAAUCUUCAGCGCAAGCUUCUCCUCACCGCCAUCGACUGUGUGGAUGCCAAAUCAUCGACCGGUGGCAUCAUUGUGUACUCCACCUGCUCUGUGCUCCCCGAGGAAAACGAGUGGGUCAUCGACUAUGCGCUGAAGAAGCGCAACGUUAAGCUGGUACCCACUGGACUUGACUUUGGCGUUGAGGGCUUCACCAAGUUCCGGCAGCAUCGGUUCCAUCCCAGCUUGAAUCUGACCAAGCGCUAUUAUCCACACACCCACAACAUGGACGGCUUCUAUGUGGCCAAGCUGAAGAAGUUCUCCAACACGAUACCCAUAACCAAGGAGCAGCAGGAGGAGGACGAGAAGCAGCUCGAUGAACCCAUCGAAGGCGAGACCACAACUGAAGCAGCAGAAGCUAAGGAAGCGGCUGAGGAUGCAGAAGAAAAUGCGGAUGCGGAAAAGGCUCCUCGCAAGCUUCUGGGCAAGCGGGCCGGCAAGCCAAGCCUCACAGAUAUUGACCUGGAUCUGAAGAAAAAGAAGCUCGAGGCGAACAAAAAGAAGUAUGUGGCCAAGGUAUUCGAGAAGCCCGUCAAGGUGGCCAAGACCCCAAAGCCAGAGCAACCCCAAGAGACGAACGGUAAACCGAAAGCUCAAAAGAACGAGAAGCCCCAGGAGGCGACCGGUGCACCGACGGGCCAAAAGAAGGAGAAGCGCCUUGAGAAGAACGGAACACCGAAGGCCCAAAAGAAGGAGAAGCCCCUAGAGAAGAACGGACUACCGAAGGCCCAAAAGAAGCAGGAGUUCAAGGCAGCGCAGGCUAAUGGGAAGGGAAAACCAUCCAAACCGGAUGCCGGUAAGAAGUUCCCUUCUCAGUCCAAUGGCAAAGCGUCUCCUGGAAAGCAGUCUCCAGCAGCACCCAAGCCCGAAGCGAAAAGGUUCCAGCCAAAGGACAAGAAGGCCAAAGUCAAUCAGCAAACAGCUAAGCCAGCAGCAAGUGCCAAAGCAAACGCCAAACUGGCCAAGGCCCCGCGUAUCGACGCUGACGAUGUGCCCGUGCUGGAGGGCAAACCCAUCAAAAGGCAGAACAAUCUGAAGCAGAAGUCCAAGCAGAUCGGACAGCUGAAGAAGUCAAAGACGGGAGCAAAUCCAAAUCCCAGAGGAGGCAAAGGCAAAAAGUUCAAGAAGUGAACACUAUAAAUCAUACAAGUCGGUUAAGUAGUUGGUUAAGUGUAGGCCUGAAGCCUAGUCAAAUGGUUGGGGGGUAGUCCCAGAGGCUGUCUCUGAAUACCCCCAAAACGAUGAUCUGUUUUAUACCGCGAACUGUUUCUAUUGCCUUGGCUACGGUUUGAAGAUUGUGAACUAAAACGUUGCUUGUAAUUAACGAACAUAUUCAAUAAACGUUAAGCUCGGAUUAAUGUAAUCAGAAA